AUGAAUGACGGUUUAACAGCUUUGGAAUAUUACGUAUACAAUAUUACGGAGAAUUACAAUAAGUCAACAUUUUUGGAAGAUAAUUGUUUGGGGAACAAUUUCUUCCACAAUUCUAGUUUCGGAUUUGAGAUUGCCGUGUCAGAAUGGGAAGCGCUAGCAACGAUAUCGGUGUUAUCGACAGUUAUUCUGGGGACAAUAUUUGGCAAUAUUUUGGUGAUUCUGGGAGUCUUCACUCACAAGCCGCUCAGGAUCGUGCAGAACUUUUUCAUUGUGUCUCUCGCCGUUGCAGACUUGGCAGUCGCCAUACUCGUCAUGCCCCUGAACGUUGCAUACUCAACACUAGGACGAUGGCUGUGGGGAAAACAUUUGUGCAAGAUCUGGCUGACUUCCGACAUAAUGUGUUGCACUUCUUCAAUUCUAAAUCUAUGUGCCAUUGCGCUUGAUCGAUAUUGGGCAAUUACUGAUCCAAUCAAAUACGCAAACAAACGGACCUUAAAAAGAGUAGUUCUACAAAUAGCAGGCGUCUGGAUUCUAUCGCUGGUAAUCAGUUCUCCGCCCCUUCUUGGAUGGAAUGACUGGCCUGAUGAAUUUUCAGAUGAAACUCCUUGCCAAUUAACAUCAGAACCUGGAUAUGUCGUCUACUCUUCGCUCGGAUCAUUCUUCAUUCCUUUGGCCAUAAUGACAAUAGUUUAUAUUAAAAUUUACGUCGCUGCUAAACAAAGACUCAGAAGACGAUACUUAGGGGCUCGCAUUUAUAAAAAACGCUCGGUUGUAGUAGAAAAUCAAGAAGAGAGCCAGGAGAAUAGAGAAGACUCCGAGAAUGAAUCGGAUAGUGGGGAGAGCGUGAACCGUUGCCAGAGAAAAACUUUUAUGGAUAUUAAGAAGAAUUUUUUUAUGCCAUUAUUGUUAUUAAAUGACCCAGCAACUCGCCAACGGUUGCAACUUGAUAUUCAACAGACAUCAUCGGAGAGCUGCAAGACCACAGUAAUGGGCUCUUUUAAGAGACUGAGCAAGAAGCGGAAGGCGGGGAGACCCCUGCUUGCUAGUGUGAAUAACAGCGGUGAUGUGGUGCAUCAAUUUAUAGAGCAGAAGCAGAAAAUUUCCUUGUCGAAGGAGCGUCGCGCGGCUAGAACCCUGGGUAUUAUAAUGGGGUCUUUCGUCAUCUGCUGGAUGCCGUUCUUCCUCAUGUACAUUGCGCUGCCUUUCUGCCCGUGGUGCUGCCCUGAUAACAAGUUAAUUAAUUUCAUAACAUGGUUGGGUUAUGUGAACUCUACUCUGAACCCCAUAAUUUAUACAAUAUUUAAUUUAGACUUUCGAAAAGCUUUCAAAAAGUUGUUAGGGAUGAGAGUGUGA